AUGUUACGAUUUUGGUUUACAAUUUUUUUUAUUCUUUUAACAUUUGCUAAUUUAAUAAGAACAUAUCGAGUUGAACGUAUGAUACAGUCAACAGCUAUUCGUGGUAAAUUUAUUUGUGGUCAAAAACCAGCAAUUGGUGUACGAAUAAAAUUAUUUGAAUUGGAUAAUAAUCUCAUAAAUCAACCAAUUACAACUGAUGAAUAUAUGCUAAAUGAUGUUUUAAAUGAAACAUAUACCGAUGAAGAUGGACAAUUCUUUAUACAUGGUACAACAGUUGAAGUUAGUCAAAUUCAACCAAUCUUAAAAGUUUACCACAAUUGUCUGCAUGAUGGAUUGCCUGGUUUUCGAAAAAUUCAUUUCGUGGUACCAUAUCAUUUCACUAAUUAUGGUAUCCAUGCUGAAAAAGUUUUAGAUUUGGGCAUUUUUAAUUUGGAAGCAAUAUUACCUGUAAGUGUGCAUUAA